GGUCACAAUGUUUUCCCGUUUUGGGUUUUUAUGCUCCGAUCGACAGAUUGAAUUCUAGGGUUUCCCGAUCGUUCAAUUUCAGCCAUUUCUUUAUCGAUCGAUUCUGUAUUUAUGGAUUGGCAAGGGCAGAAGCUAGUUGAGCACUUGAUGCAGAUUCUGCUGGUGGUUUUUGCAGUGAUGGCUAUCACAAUGGGCUAUGCCUUGGGGUCGUUUCAAACAAUGUUGCUAAUAUACGCCUCUGGUGUAGUUAUCACUACUUUGAUCACUGUUCCCAAUUGGCCUUUCUUCAAUCGCAACCCUCUCAAGUGGCUUGAUCCGAGUGAAGCUGAAAAGCAUUCGAAGAUGCAGAUAGUUGAUUCUAGUUCGAAGAAGAAGAUAUCUAAGAAGUAGGUCAUUUCUCUGAUCACAAUCAUCCUAUUUGCUAUGUUUUUGAUGAAUUUGGAUGUACAAUUGACUAAAGGAUUUAAAUAUCUUUAUUUGCACUAGAAUUGAUCUUAUCUUUGGUUCUCAUAUAUUUUCUUGGCUAUAUAAUUCAUUUUUAAGUUGUUUU